AUGAUCAAAAUUUCAAAUAGUAACAUAAAAGAUGAUUUAAAGCAGCCUUUAAUUUAGAAGAGUAAAAUUUUAUUUAAUUAAAAAUUGACAGAGUAAGAUGAUAAUAAAAAAGGAUUUUUAAAAAAUCUUUUCUGUUCGAUUAAUGCUAAAUGGCAUUAUCAUAAAGGUAUUAGAUAAAGGUUAUUUGAUCAAGGUCGUUAUUUUGAUAAUUUUGGUAAAUCUAAUAAAGGUUUGGAAUAAUUUGAUUAAGGUAUUUUAAUUGAUCCAUAAUAUAUAGAUAUUUACAACAAAAAAGGUUGGAUUUUAUAAUAUAAUAACUAGGCAUAGAGUCUCAUAAACAAAAAUAAUUUAAUGAGGCCUUAUUGUAUUUUGAUAAAGUUAUUUAGAUCAAUCCAAAUUGUGUGACAGCAAUAAAUAAUAAAGGUUAAACUAAUCAUUAAUGUUUUAAUAGGAUAGACACUUCAUGAGUUAUAGAGGUAUGAAGAUGCAUUAAAAUGUUUUGAUAAAGCUUUUGAAUUAGAUCAACAUUUCGUCAUAGCUUUAAAUAAUAAAGGUUGAGAAUAAAUAUUCUAUAAUAAGGCUCUACUCUUCAUAAAUUACAGAGAUAUGAAGAAGCAAUAGAAUAUUUUAAUUAAUCUAUUUUGAUCAAUCCAAAUAAUUUUUAAACCUUCAACAAUAAAGGUUACUUUAUUUAUAUGAUUCUAGGAAAAGCAUUAUAUAUGUUAGAACAAUAUCAUGAUGCAAUCAAAUGUUAUGAUAUGGCCAUUCAACUCAAUCCUAAUUAUCACUUUGCUUAUAAUAAUAAAGGUUGUGAUAUUCACAUUUUUUAAAUUAGGCUAAGCUUCUUAGAAAUUAGGUAGAUUUACUGAUGCAUUAAAAUUUUAUGACUAAGCAAUUUAGUUAAAUCCAAAUUAUGUAUAUGUAUAAAUUAAUAAAGGUUUAAUAAAUUGUAUUUUUUUAGGAUAAACAUUUUAAGAAUUAAAAUUAUAUGACGACGCAUUGAAAUGUUAUGACAAAGCUAUUCAAUUAAAUCCUAAUUGUGAAUUAUCUUUUUAUAAUAAAGGUGUUAUAUUAUUAAUAUAUUUAGGUUUAUUACUAAGAUCUUUAAAUAAAAAAGAGGAGGCAUUAGUUUGUUUCGAAAAAGCUAUUGAAUUGCAAUCAAAUUAAGAAACUUUUUAUUAUCAUAAAGGUUAUCAUCAUAACAAAUAUAUAAGGUAUCGUACUUUAUGAACUGUAGAGAUAUGAAGAAGCAUUAAAAUGUUUUGAUAAAGCUAUAUAAUUAAAUCCAAAUUAGACUGCUUUACAUAAUCGAACUACAAUUUAGAAAUUUAUCAAUCAAAUCAAAUAAAAUUCUAAUUAAAAUAAUAAUUUUCUACAAAUAGAUAUAAAUUCAACAAAAGUGUUAGAAUAAAAUUUCCCCAAACUAGAAAAUGAAGUUUUAUCUUAAUAACAGAGUAGUAAUUUUUAAAUCUAAACCACUGAAUUUAAAAUCUAAGAAGGAAAUGAAAUAUGA